AUGCCAGCACCAAGAAAUUUUCCCACAUCAAAGAAGAAAUCAAGGAUAAAGCACCUUUCAGACCUCCUCGACACCCACCAGCACCAGCCGACCGAAGUCAGACGCCGAGAACUGGUAAAGAUCAUCACCACUCCCUGGACACGAAAAGCAGACACUGGCAUCGAGGACAUAGAAGUCAUCAGCAAGGGUGGAGAUUCUGUGGCUCUUUUAAAGAGCUUAGAAGUGGGACGUCUACUCUAA